AGGUUCUGUAUUGGUAUGUAUGUUCGGUGUUGGUGCUGUGGCGUUGUGGCAUGCAGUGGCGCGGUUUUGGGCGGCUAUAAAAACUGCUGGCCAUGUCAUGGUGGGAAGCAGUUUGUUUAAGAAGUUUGUCGCUGUCGGUUUAACAAAACCCCAAUCCUCAUCACAUUCAAAACCAACUCCAAAAAACCGCUCACGGUUCGGUACUGACGUGUGUGCGUUCACCCUUUUUAACGGACAAUCGUAUAGGCUACGCGAAAUUUUUCAACAAUCAUUCGUAUUUUGGAUUAAAGCAAGACUUGCAGCAGCAGUUUACAUUGUCGCUUAUUAAGGAUACAAAUUUGAGAAUUCCACAACGUGAAAAUGUUUCGUUUUACCAUUUUAACCACUUUAAUUGCCAUUGCCGCGAGUCAGGGUUACCACCAAAAUCCCAAAACAGCGGCUAUUAUUAGUGAACAGCGUUACCUUGCCGGUGAUGGUAAAUUUGGUGCAGCCUACACACAGGAGGAUGGCAUCAACUUCAAAGAAGAAACCGAUUCGGAUGGUACACGUCACGGCAGCUACAGUUAUGUAGAUCCUACUGGCGAGAGGCGGACAAUUUCUUACACAGCCGGCAAAAAUGGCUUCCAAGCCAGCGGUGAUCAUUUGCCUGUCGCCCCACCAGCGCCACCACAACCUGUGCCACAGGCGGGCUAUGCACCACAGCCGCAAUACCAACCACCACAGCCACAAUCUGGUGGCUACCGCAGCAAUGACUACGAUGAUGGUUCUUACGAUCCACGUUACAAUGAUCCCAGUUUCGAUCAAUCGCAGGGUUCAUAUCAGCCACCACAACCACAAUAUCAACCACAGGCGGCGCCAGCUUACCAGCCACCAGCGCCAGCAUAUAACCCACCUGCGCCACAAUACAACAACUAUCAGCCACAGGCUCAGCCACAACAACAACCCUACUAUCAGCCGACCACACCCAAUCCACACCGAUUUGCACCACCCGGUAAAUUGUCACUCAAUCGCACACCGGACGGUUUCAGCUACAGCUUCAACAAGGUCUAAGAGUUUAUGUAUAUGUACACAUGUAUGUAUGUACAUAAGUGUGGAGGGUCGAAGAAUGGGUGGUCAAGGCGGGGGAAAGCUAUUAAAUUGGGUGUGAGCGAUAAUACUGUCUGAACUACGUGAUGUGCUAUGCGCGAAGGGAAGGUAUGGCAAAGUCGAAGGAGUUUUGCACCGCUCCGCAUAGUCUGCAUUUCUGUUUUCUCUAACAACUAGCUAUUUUUCAUACAUUUUUCCACUAUUUGUUUUAUUAUUUCCUUCUUGUAUGAUUUUUGUUUGAAUUUUAUUUUAAUUUACAUUACAAAGUUUCAUUUAGUUCAGGAUCGCGAUCAGUUUUUAGUUAUUUUCAAUUUAAUUUUUCAGUUCGUUUGGUUUCCUAUUAAUUACAUUUUACUUCUCAUACAUACAAACAUACGUGCAUAUACUUCAAUUUCACGUGCUUUUGUUUCCUUUGCAUGAACGUUCACUUUGUGAUAUCUAAAAAAAAGUAAUGGCAUAAAAUUGUUGCAACAAUUCCGUCAGGUUACUUUUAUGUGUAAUUUAUUUGUGCUUCCUUUUAAUUUGUGUAUAAUUUAAUUUUUUUUUUGCAAAUGUGUCAAGAUUAAAUAAAAAAAUAUUUUUUGUGAAUAUUAAAAAAAGAAAUUACUUGUCUUUCUGAUAUAUAAUCGUAUACGGCGUUACGUACUAUCCCGUACGCGUAUUGUUCGCCAGGAUAUAGUUCAAUAAUUUUUCAAAUUUCUAAUUAUGUCGAGUUUCCAUCAAAAAGCGACAACAGUUACAAACAAAUUUUUAACAUUUGAAUGAUGAAAAGAUGUUAACCAACUAUUAUUUUUGUCGAAAUAGCGCUAGUAUUUUUAGCCUCAUUAAAAUUUUAGUAAUAUAAUGUCUAGUGGAAAUGCGGCAUUAAGUUGCCUGGAAAAUA